UCGAGAGAGAAAUAUCUUUUCCUUCAUCGAACCCUAACUUUUUCCCUUUUCCCAGGAAAAUGAAUUAGAUACUUCGUAGAGAUAAUUGAAGAUUUGUCCAAUCAUCCCUCAAUCAUUUGAUCAGCUCAUCUUCUUCGUUUCUCGAUUCGAUCUCUUCAUCGUGCGAUUUACUGGAGAACUCCACGAGUGGUAGAAUUUCGCGAAGCUGUCAAGUGCCAUGGACACCGAACUGAACUCACCGCCGCAUGAUGGUGGUGAUUCCGCAGCCGCUUUUAAAAAGCCUUCCAACGACGGUUCUGGCAGAAAGUAUCGACGCCGAGCUUUAGCUGGAGAUGGCUCAUCUUCAUCCGAUGGAAGUCCUGAACGUGAUCAUAUCCCUAAUCCAAAGCAUUCUAGGGAAGAUGUUAGGAAAGUUUCUGAGCCAGUUCAUGCCAGGAGAGAAAGUAGGCGGGAAUCAGAUGAUCGCGGUCGUUAUGGUAGAGGUGGUGUUGAUUCACAUAGACAUGAUAGGCACUCUAGGGAUGAUGAUCACUACAGAUCUAAGCGCGAUGAGUAUUAUAGACAUGAGAGGGAUGCACCUAGAUCGAGCCGUGAUUCAAGGGGUGACCAUAGGAGAGCGGAGACUGAACAUAGCAGGUUGAGAAAUGAUUCAGACAGACAUUCCCGUGAUAGAGCGGCGUCUGGUAGGAGACACGCAGACUCCAGGGCGGAGGAUAAAGAGAAGGAUUAUGUGAAAAGAGGUUCGCGCUGGACUUUUGGUGAAUCCCGUGAUGAGAAGGAACUUGAGGACCGUGAGAUUAACAAGGAGAAGGAUGUUCAUCAUGCCAAAUCCCCAAGAGACCGUCCUGAUGGUGCAACUGAGAACCGAGAUACUCAUUCCAAGAAACUGAAGGGGUUCGUUGCAGAGAAGUUUACCCAUGGAAAUACUAAUGCAGAAGAGAAACACACGUCGAGGUUUAAGCCAGCCCUUGGUGCUGGGAAUCAGGGUUUGUCAUUGCAAUCUCAGUCGAAAGAUGCUGAGGUUUCUGGUGAUGUCGAUGCUGCAAAAGUUGCAGCUAUGCAGGCUGCUGAAUUAGUGAAUAAAAACCUUGUUGGAACGGGUUAUCUGACCACAGAUCAAAAGAAGAAGUUACUGUGGGGAAAGAAGAAAAGCACGGCUGCAGAAGAGGCAGCUCAUCGUUGGGAUAGUGCACUAGUUGGUGACCGGGAACGACAAGAAAAGUUCAACAAACUUAUGGGUGUUAAAGGAAGUGUAGUAAACCAAGACCAGAACCCGAACGAAGUCCAAGUCGAGAAGCAGAACGAGUUGCAGAAGGAUCUAGAGAAGCAGUAUACCGCAGGAUUAAGGAGGAGAGACGGACGUACGGUAGGGUUAGGUCUUUGAACCUGUUUGAUAAAUUAUCCUCAUACUGUUGUCUCCUUGUCUAUCUAAGGACUCUUGUGCCAUCUCCUUUUUGUACUCACUCUACUACUGCACAUGUCAAAGCUCUUAAUAACGGUGAACUCCAUGUGUGUAAGAAAACCAUGUUUGAGACCA